AUGCUAGAACAACUCCAUGACAAUCAUCCAGGAAUUGUUAAGAUGAAAUCGUUAGCGAGAAUGCAUAUGUGGCGGUUAAACGUAGAUACUGACAUAGAGUGUAAAGUGAAAAACUGUGUUCCGUGUCAACAGAAUAGGAGUCCAAUGGCUAAAACACCUCCAAAUCCAUGGAGAUGUCCUGGCAAACCUUGGCAACGUAUUCAUAUAGACUAUGCUGGGCCGUUCAUGAACAAAAUGUAUUUAAUUGUUGUUGAUGCUCAUUCAAAAUGGCUGGAAGUGAUCACAAUGGCUUCUACAACCUCUGAAAGUACUAUAAACGCUUUGCGGUAUUUGUUUUCAUCAUACGGAUUAGUGGAAGAAAUUGUGUCAGACAACGGUCCACAAUUUGUGUCGGCUGAAUUUCAGAACUUUGUCAAAAUGAAUGGUAUCAAACACAUUCGUUCCGCUGCAUAUCAUCCUAGCUCUAAUGGUGAAGCAGAACGAGCAGUACGUACAUUCAAGACUGCGUUAAAAACUAUGAGCAGUGAACCUGGAACAGUAAACCAGAAGGUUUCGCGAUUCUUGUUGUCGUAUCGUUCGACUCCACAUUCUACAACACAAGUUUCACCUGCUGAAUUGUUCCUAGGACGACGUGUUAGAACACGCCUAGAUAUCAUGCGUCCAGAUCUUAGUAAUAAAAUUCAGAAAAAGACUACUCCCAAGGAAUCUCAAAUUCGUACGUUUCAGGAGGGUGAUAGUGUUUGGAUCCGUGACUACCGGCAGUCGACAGAGAAAUGGGUUGAUGGAAUUAUUGUCCAUCAGCUUGGUCCAGUCACUUACAAGGUCAAGGUCGGUGAUCUGAUUUGGAAACGACAUGUAGAUCAGAUACGUAUGCGAGAACCAGAUGUUAUUGUGGAUAAUCAGUGUUCGGUUCCAAUGGUGACUUCAAUUUACCAAUACCACUAA